AUGUCACGACCAGAGUGGUGGCCCGGCGAGGAUCACCAGGCGUUCACAGAAUGGGCUAUGGAACGUGGCGUUGAGGUCUUUGGCGUCGCGCCAGCUCGGUUCCCUGGUCGAGGCUUGGGAAUGACAGCCACCAGAAAAAUCAAGAAAGAAGAAGCAGUGGUUCGAGUCCCAACCAGCGUGAUCCUGACAAUGGACAAAAUCCCUUCCUCCUUCAAGGACCAGUUCCCCGAGGGCACUGCCGUGCAGACCAUCAUGGCGGCAUUCUUCACCCACGGAAGUGAAGAAGAGCUGGCUGAUUACAAAUUAUGGCGCAAAGCCUGGCCUACUCGCCAAGAUUUUGAAGACAGUCUGCCAAUGCUGUGGCCCAAGAUCCUGGGCGGUCUUUCCUGGCCUGACAGUGAGGCAGAUGGCCAAGAUGACGGCUCUACGAGUCAGCCCAACUUUCUUCCACCUUGCAUCUCUGGUCUCUGGAAUUCGACUGAGAAAGGACCAACGAUAAAGAAAUAUGAGAGCGAGCACCGGAAUCUUCUUCUGGGCCAGGCCAUCCGGUUGCAUAAGGCAUGGGCAGAUGUCAAUGCUGCAUUCCCUGGUACUGAUUGGCGGUCUUUCUCGUAUCAUUGGCUUAUUCUUAACACAAGAAGCUUCUACUGGGUGGAAGCGGGCCAGGAGCCGCCAGAAGAUCGGAAUGAUGCUAUGGCGAUGUUGCCUUUCGCGGAUUAUUUCAACCAUUCGGAUGUCGAGUGUGACGUAAAAUUCGAUGAAGAUGGGUACACCUUGCGAGCGACUGAAGACUAUAAGAAGGGAGAUGAAGUGUACAUGAGCUACGGCGGACACCCAAACGACUUUUUGUUGGCAGAAUAUGGGUUCUUCCUGGACAAGAAUGACUCAGACUGUCUCUAUCUUGACGACAUAAUCUUCCGUGACCUCAACAGCGCCGAGAAGCAGGAGGAAUUGUGGCUGAACCAAUACUACGGUAACUACCAAUUGAUCAGCCAAGGGGUCUGCUACCGCACAGAAGUCGCGGCAGCUCUAAAAUACAUGAAUGAAGAGGACUGGAGGAGCCACGUUCUCGAGGGCUCGACCAAUGGUGUGGAUGAGCAUAAGUCUGCAGCCAUCAUCAAGGAGUGGGUUCAGACUUAUGCUGCCGAGGCGGACGCAACCAUGAACGCGUUGCAGGCGGCUAUGGAGUCCGACGCUGUGGUGCGAGCGCAUCGCCAGAAGGCAGAGACGCUGCUGCGGCGGUGGGCUCAGAUCAAAGAGAUCUGUGAGAGUGCCUUGAAGGCCAUUGAUUUGUAA